GAAUUGGAGCUAGCGAAAUUGCGCAUAGUCCAAAAGGAGAAAGAAAUGGAAUUAGAAAGAUUACGACAAGGUAGACGCGAAUGUUCUUGUCACAAUAAAUCGCCUUACAAACCUUCUACUUCCCAUAAUGUCGCUGUAUCUCCUAAUGAUGAGUCCGCCAAAACCAUAUCUAAGUUUCUGGACAUGCUUAAAGCAUAUCAAUAUUUUAAGUGGAAUGCCGAUGAACUUGAGUGUUGGAUCAAUGAAAAACUGCAAACAUAUACAAAUGAGGAUUUUAAAGAAGUCAGUAAUCUUCAGCUGAAAAAACAGAAACAUCAAGAGUUUGAGUUCGAAGUAACAGUUCAUGCUGAAACACUCUCAGCUCUAGAUUCUACGGGAGAAGAAAUGAUUGGUCAGGGACACUUCGCAACAGAUAUUAUCAAAAACCGUCUUGAUGAAUUGCAUGCCCUGUGGGAAAGGCUUAUGGCUAUUUUCAGAGAAAAAUCCAGUGUCAUUAACCUAAAGCUUAAAUUUGUCCAGUUUUUACGCCAAGUCGACGAAAUACUUUUCUGGAUACGUGAAAACGAAACUUACGUAACAUCAGAGGAUUUAGGUCAAGACUUGGAAGAUGUUGAGACACUUCAAAAAGGGUUUAAUGAGUUUACAAAAGAUCUCGAGAAUCAAGAAAGUCGUGUCGAAGACAUCUAUCGGAAGGCAGAUGAACUUCUAAAAGAGAAAUUUCCUGAGGAUGCCCUAGUCAUAGAAAAGUUCAGACAGGUCCGCGAAGCUCUAGAACGUCUGAAGGAUCUGGUUAGAAAACGACAAGAAAAGCUCCUGGAAGCCUAUGAGAUACAGUGCUUCUUUAGAGACAUAGAUAGAGCUAUAUCGUGGGUGAAUGAAAAGUCCAUUCCUUUAUCCAUUGAGGAUUGUGGUCGUGAUCUUGCCUCAGUCCAAGCCUUACAAAGGAAGCACGAAGCAUUAGAAAGGGAUUUGACUGCCUCAGAUGAAAAGAUUGUUCGACUUGGAGAUGAGGCUAAGGCGCUUGCACAGAAGCAUCCUGAUUCGCAAGACACUAUACAAGGCAAGUAUGACGAAUUAAUUACUGCAUGGGAUAAGCUGAAAAGUCAGGCUGUAGGUAGGAGAGGUAAACUGGAAGAGUCAUUCAAGAUGCAUCGCUUUUCGGCUGACUGGAGAGACGUGAGUAUCUGGAUGGAUGAAAUGAAGACGUCAAUAUUGGCGGAUGAUUUGGCAAAGGAUGUAGUUGGUGCUGAAGCCCAAGUAGAGCGACAUAAGGAAUACACCGCUGAGAUAAAUUCUCGAGCUGACAGUUUCGAUACAUGCAUGCAAGAAGGUCAGGCAUUACUAAGUGUUGGCCAUCCCUGUAAUGAAGACAUAGUUGCUAAACUUUCCACCCUUGAAAGAGAGAGAGCCUCCCUGAUGCAGUUGUGUGAGGAAAGACGUGAACAGCUAGAACAGUGUAUGGGCCUUCAGUAUUUUUACCGCGACGCUGAACAGUCGGAAUCUUGGAUUGGUAAGCAAGAGGCCCUCUUAGAAAUAAAUGAUGUGGGAGACUCACUCGAUUCUGUGGAAGCACUUAUAAGGAAACAUGAAGACUUCGAAAAGUCACUUUUAGAACAAGAAGAAAAGAUGCGACAACUUGAUGAAUUCGCUGCAAAAUUAAUCGAAUCAAACCACUAUGCGGCUGCACAGGUUCAUGAGAUUCAGGAAGGUCUUCAAAUUAGACGAAAUGCAUUAAAGGAGAAAGCUCAGAACCGCCGUCAGCGUCUUGAAGAUUCCCACCGUUACCAAAUGUUCGAUAGAGAUGCAGAUGAAAUGCAGUCAUGGAUAUCAGGAAAACUUAGAAAUGCACUUGAUGAAAGUUACAAAGACUCCACGAAUUUGCAAACAAAGGUGCAGAAGCAUCAGAGUUUUGAGGCAGAAAUACAAGCGAACCAAUCCCGCGUUGAAGAUAUUAAAAAGACAGGUCAGGAUUUGUUAAAUGCAAACCACUACAACUCACCAGAAAUAAAAGUAAAGAUUGAACAGUUGGAUGAAACUUGGUCUCAUCUCGUAAAUGCCAUGGGAGACAAGAAGAAAAAUUUAGAUCAAGCAAGUAGGCAACAACAGUUCGCUCGCAACGUAGAAGAUGUCAAGUUAUGGUUGAAUGAUGUUGAAGCUCAGAUAGCCUCAGAGGAUGUCGGUCGUGAUCUAAACGGUGUGAUGAACGCACAAAAGCGGCACAACUUGCUUGAAUCUGAUGUAGCUGCUCAUCGUGAACGUAUAGAUGCAUUCAAAGUCCAGGCUGACACGCUUGCUGCAGAAAGUCAUUUCGACGCUCCUAUUAUCCAAGAAAAACAAAGACAGUUAGCCCAACGUUACCAUGACCUGCAAAUCCCUCUAAGUCAACGUCGUGAGAAGUUAAGAGAUGCCCUUCCCUCGGACACAUCUUUGCAGCUUGAAUAUGGUGACUAUAGUGAGCUGAUGAAGUUACUAGUCGAUUGUUGUAAAGAUUUUAAAGCACAUUCGCUUAACCAAAUCGAAUCAGAAAUGUGGCAUCAGUUUGCUGAAAGCUUCACUACUGGCUCAGUAGCCACUCACAAAGAUGCCUUCAGGUUAUGGGUUAAAGAUAAGAACCCUGUUGUUGAAAAGUAUAUUGGGUUUAUAGAGUCAUACCGUGAUCCCUUUGGUGUUCGUGCAAGGUUUGAAUCAUUUGUCGCUGUUGUAAAUAGAUCAGUGUCUAAAAAAUUCCAACGACUUGUGAAUAAUGCUGAAAGGUUGUUAACAAGUUUACCAUGGCCUUCUACGUUUGAAAAAGUUAAUUUCUUACAGCCAGACUUUACUAGUUUGGAUGUAGUGACGUUUGCAACUGCUGGAAUUCCUGUUGGAACUAAUAUUCCUAACUAUGAUGAUGUACGACAAGUUGAUGGAUUUAAAAAUGUUUCUUUGGAUAAUGUACUUAGUGUUCGUCUCGAGGAUCCUAAACCAGAAUUUCUACGUAAUGAAGACAAACAAAUGUACGUGGAACAUGCUGAAAGUUCCUUUGAAUUACAAGUUGGACUUCAUGAACUGAUGGGAUAUGAUUCUGGUAAACUGUUUCGGCGUGAUUGUUAUGGAAAACGAAAUUUCCACACGAAAACUACUGAAUAUGUCAUAAAUGGAGGUCCUGUAAAAGGUUGGUGUGAACCAGGAGAAACGUAUGACAGCAAGUUUCCAAACCUUCCAUCUGCAAUAGAUAAGUGUCGAGCUGAGUGCGUUGGAAUUUAUUUAUCUGAUUUACCUCUUGUUCUGGAGCAGUUCGGUUUGAAUACCAACUGUGCUCAAGGCGAUGUCCCAGAUGUAGUCUAUAUUAAUUGGUUGUCAAUGAUUCCUUCAGUUGUAACUUCCAUGGAGUUUUAUUCUCCAGCAGAAAAUGCUGAUGACAUUGGAUCAUGGUGUCAAGCACAUUAUUGUGCUCGUUAUGCGAUUCUGCGAGUUUUGAUUGAAGCUGACGAUUCUAUGGGACGUACACAUAAAGUAGUCGGUGAGGACGAUGCAUCUGAUUUGUGUAUUUCCUUGGAUCCAAAAAGGCCUUUAACUGUGGCUCGUUCAGCAAUUGGUGAAUUCUUAAGAAAAUUACAAUAUUACAAAGGUAAAACGAAUGCUAUGUAUGGAUAUGCUUUCUUCCAACACUAUAGUCAACUACUUCCAAAAUAUUUGACUGAUUUGCUCUGGCAUAAAUGGCUACGUGGAUAUCUUCUGAUGCUGCAAACAAGAUCUAAGUGGUUGGAUAUAAAGCACAACCUACAACCUGAUGAUCUCGUCUUAGUUAACAGUGCUGACACACAGAGAGGUCUCUGGCGAAAGGCUAUAGUUAAGCAGAUGUACUAUGACCAAGAUGGCCACGUCAGGACACUGUGUUUGAAAACUUCAACUCAAGAAGUGGAACAAGAUAUAAGAAGCGUACGAAAGGUCAACGUGGUGAUCGUUCGCGGGGAGUGUUAAUCGCGAUAGAUAGAUAGACUGUAUGAUAAACAGCCAAUCAAUAUUAUGUGACCUUUUUGUCGCGAUUAUUGGUCGAUUUAUUGUAACUCUCACCACGUGAUGACCUUGAAUGUUCUUUUUUGUCUGUCACUUUACUUGUAUAUACAUGUAAUUAAUUGACUGUUCAUUUUGUCCGUACCUUCAAUACUGUUCGGUACGUUUUUGUCCUAUUUUUGUAAUGACAAUGGAUUUGUACAUUUUUCUUGGUGUAAUUGUAUGGUUUAUUUUAUGUUUUAGAAACAGAUAAAGUUAAAGUCAAGUUAUUCUGUUUUAACUAUUGCUAAGCCCAGACUCUGUGUUGUCAGUAUUGAGGGAGGACUAAAUCUGUAGGAUAAAAAUAAUCCUACAAAGUUUCGAACAGUAUUCCAGACGAAAGUUUCGAACAGUAUGGCAGACAAAAGUUAUGAAACUAUGCCGUCGUUAACUCCACAAUUAGGAAAGAGUAAUGAAGCUGAUUUCACUGGAAGCAACGAGUAUGAAUCACGCUAUAUGGUAGAAUUGGAGCUAGCGAAAUUGCGCAUAGUCCAAAAGGAGAAAGAAAUGGAAUUAGAAAGAUUACGACAAGGUAGACGCGAAUGUUCUUGUCACAAUAAAUCGCCUUACAAACCUUCUACUUCCCAUAAUGUCGCUGUAUCUCCUAAUGAUGAGUCCGCCAAAACCAUAUCUAAGUUUCUGGACAUGCUUAAAGCAUAUCAAUAUUUUAAGUGGAAUGCCGAUGAACUUGAGUGUUGGAUCAAUGAAAAACUGCAAACAUAUACAAAUGAGGAUUUUAAAGAAGUCAGUAAUCUUCAGCUGAAAAAACAGAAACAUCAAGAGUUUGAGUUCGAAGUAACAGUUCAUGCUGAAACACUCUCAGCUCUAGAUUCUACGGGAGAAGAAAUGAUUGGUCAGGGACACUUCGCAACAGAUAUUAUCAAAAACCGUCUUGAUGAAUUGCAUGCCCUGUGGGAAAGGCUUAUGGCUAUUUUCAGAGAAAAAUCCAGUGUCAUUAACCUAAAGCUUAAAUUUGUCCAGUUUUUACGCCAAGUCGACGAAAUACUUUUCUGGAUACGUGAAAACGAAACUUACGUAACAUCAGAGGAUUUAGGUCAAGACUUGGAAGAUGUUGAGACACUUCAAAAAGGGUUUAAUGAGUUUACAAAAGAUCUCGAGAAUCAAGAAAGUCGUGUCGAAGACAUCUAUCGGAAGGCAGAUGAACUUCUAAAAGAGAAAUUUCCUGAGGAUGCCCUAGUCAUAGAAAAGUUCAGACAGGUCCGCGAAGCUCUAGAACGUCUGAAGGAUCUGGUUAGAAAACGACAAGAAAAGCUCCUGGAAGCCUAUGAGAUACAGUGCUUCUUUAGAGACAUAGAUAGAGCUAUAUCGUGGGUGAAUGAAAAGUCCAUUCCUUUAUCCAUUGAGGAUUGUGGUCGUGAUCUUGCCUCAGUCCAAGCCUUACAAAGGAAGCACGAAGCAUUAGAAAGGGAUUUGACUGCCUCAGAUGAAAAGAUUGUUCGACUUGGAGAUGAGGCUAAGGCGCUUGCACAGAAGCAUCCUGAUUCGCAAGACACUAUACAAGGCAAGUAUGACGAAUUAAUUACUGCAUGGGAUAAGCUGAAAAGUCAGGCUGUAGGUAGGAGAGGUAAACUGGAAGAGUCAUUCAAGAUGCAUCGCUUUUCGGCUGACUGGAGAGACGUGAGUAUCUGGAUGGAUGAAAUGAAGACGUCAAUAUUGGCGGAUGAUUUGGCAAAGGAUGUAGUUGGUGCUGAAGCCCAAGUAGAACGACAUAAGGAAUACACCGCUGAGAUAAAUUCUCGAGCUGAAAGUUUCGAUACUUGCAUGCAAGAAGGUCAGGCAUUACUAAGUGUUGGCCAUCCCUGUAAUGAAGACAUAGUUGCUAAACUUUCCACCCUUGAAAGAGAGAGAGCCUCCCUGAUGCAGUUGUGUGAGGAAAGACGUGAACAGCUAGAACAGUGUAUGGGCCUUCAGUAUUUUUACCGCGACGCUGAACAGUCGGAAUCUUGGAUUGGUAAGCAAGAGGCCCUCCUAGAAAUAAAUGAUGGGGGAGACUCACUCGAUUCUGUGGAAGCACUUAUAAGGAAACAUGAAGACUUCGAAAAGUCACUUUUAGAACAAGAAGAAAAGAUGCGACAACUUGAUGAAUUCGCUGCAAAAUUAAUCGAAUCAAACCACUAUGCCGCUGCGCAGGUUCAUGAGAUUCAGGAAGGUCUUCAAAAUAGACGAAAUGCAUUAAAGGAGAAAGCUCAGAACCGCCGUCAGCUUCCUGAAGAUUCCCACCGUUACCAAAUGUUCGAUAGAGAUUCAGAUGAAAUGCAGUCAUGGAUAUCAGGAAAACUUAGAAAUGCACUUGAUGAAAGUUACAAAGACUCCACGAAUUUGCAAACAAAGGUGCAGAAGCAUCAGAGUUUUGAGGCAAAAAUACAAGCGAACAAAUCCCGCGUUGAAGAUAUUAAAAAGACAGGUCAAGGUUUGUUAAAUGCAAACCACUACAACUCACCAGAAAUAAAAGUAGAGAUUGAACAGUUGGAUGAAACUCGGUCUCAUCUCGUAAAUGCCAUGGGAGACAAGAAGAAAAAUUUAGAUCAAGCAAGUAGGCAACAACAGUUCGCUCGCAACGUAGAAGAUGUCGAGUUAUGGUUGAAUGAAGUUGAAGCUCAUAUAGCCUCAGAGGAUGUCGGUCGUGAUCUAAACGGUGUGAUGAACGCACAAAAGCGGCACAACUUGCUUGAAUCUGAUGUAGCUACUCAUCGUGAACGUAUAGAUGCAUUCAAAGUCCAGGCUGACACGCUUGCUGCAGAAAGUCAUUUCGACGCUCCUAUUAUCCAAGAAAAACAAAGACAGUUAGCCCAACGUUACCAUGACCUGCAAAUCCCUCUAAGUCAACGUCGUGAGAAGUUAAGAGGUGCCCUUCCCUCGGACACAUCUUUGCAGCUUGAAUAUGGUGACUAUGGUGAGCUGAUGAAGUUACUAGUCGAUUGUUGUAAAGAUUUUAAAGCACAUUCGCUUAACCAAAUCGAAUCAGAAAUGUGGCAUCAGUUUGCUGAAAGCUUCACUACUGGCUCAGUAGCCACUCACAAAGAUGCCUUCAGGUUAUGGGUUAAAGAUAAGAACCCUGUUGUUGAAAAGUAUAUUGGGUUUAUAGAGUCAUACCGUGAUCCCUUUGGUGUUCGUGCAAGGUUUGAAUCAUUUGUCGCUGUUGUAAAUAGAUCAGUGUCUAAAAAAUUCCAACGACUUGUGAAUAAUGCUGAAAGGUUGUUGACAAGUUUACCAUGGCCCUCUACGUUUGAAAAAGUUAAUUUCUUACAGUCAGACUUUACUAGUUUGGAUAUAGUGACGUUUACAACUGCUGGAAUUCCUGUUGGAACUAAUAUUUCUAACUAUGAUGAUGUACGACAAGUUGAUGGAUUUAAAAAUGUUU